AUGGAUAUUCGACUCAGCCGAAUCCGCGACGCCGACGAUGACGAUGACGAAAGCAUGUGUUGCCCGUUUCGCGGCGUUUUCCUCCCUCGUCUCGUUCUUCGCCUGUCAGCGCUAGUCACCUCACCUCGUGCCUCCAGAAGGGCAUCGGACGACGGUCACGAACGACGCGAUACGAGGUUGUCCAUGGUUUUUGACCGCAACCGCGACCGCGACGUCAUUUCACUUGACGGAACCUCCGAAGAGCUGACCACACUACGGCGCUCCGUUCGAAGCCGCUCUGAAGCCGCCUCUUUCAUCGUUACAAAAGUUGAUCCCGACGACGACGAACUACCGUUCCUCAGCUACAGACUUGUUUGA